CGCUCGUAGUGAAAGAUGAAAUCACCUAUUUUCUGUAUUCCUGUUUCUUAUUAAAAAAAAGCAGCAAACUCAAAUUCUUCCAUUUUAUUACAUAACUUCAUUUGUAAGGGAGACUGUGAUGCAGUGGUUAAUUAAAUCUCAUUACGGUGCUUAUUUCAGGCAUUCCGGCAUCAUAGCCUUAGUGCUGCCAGAUUAGGAGAUUUUUGAUGCUGCCGUAAGCCUGGACCCUCACUACUGCUGGAAGGUGUAAAGUUUAAUUUAUUUAUUUAUUCUUUUUACAAUCCACAAGCAGCAAUUACAGUUGGGGGCAACAGAUUUUUGCCAGCAGAAGUUUUGGCUUCUCAGUAUUUAGGUACAACUGUGGUUCUUUGCAAGCCUGUUUCCUUUGGAGAGCGGCAAGGUUCUUUGUCCAAUGGUGAAGUCUUUCUCCAGCAAAGACCUGCAACGCGUAUGCCACGUGCCUUCGGGAAGGGGAGGUGGGUGAAUGCCAGCUGCCUCUGGGCUGGGGAGCACCCGCUGCGCCCCCAUGAGCUCCAGCCCGGCCGCUGAGGCAGGCAGAGCCUGUUCUGGGAGGUUUUUGUGUGACCGGAUGUUUUUGGUCUUUGUGCUUUCAUGUUAGUUUGCCACCUCUUCUGGCAUGAAUUCAGGUCUCUUCGCCUACUGUACUACUGAUUCCCUUAAUUUUCUGUAGCCCGAUGUUAGUCCAAGAGCAGCAAAAGCUGCAAACUUGAUCAGGUCCCUUUGUCCAGGUUUCCCGUAAUGGAUUUUGCAAGCUUGAGGAUCAGCAAGUGGUGGCUGUUUGUCCCACAGUAGUGUCCGUAGUAGCCGCAAGGCAGGUGCAGAGUACCUGUAUCUAAGGCCUUCCGACCUGGUACCUGCCUGUAGUCUGUGACCCUGACAGCACAGGAGUUUUUCAGUGACAAGAAGCGAUACGGAGUGCGAUUGCUCUGCCCGUCCCUUCCGUAGCUAGACACUGGCCAGUUUUGACUGAGGAGACUGGUGUUUUAAGUCCAGCAAGGCUUGUAGCUGUGGGCCUGAUAGAAAAGGGGGGGCUAGCCUUGUACCCUCACUGGGUGGAGAACCCAGCAGGCGUUCAGCGUGUGCUUGCUCUGCUCUGCCAGUGGAUGGCGGUGACUGGGAAACCUCGCUCAGCCCCGGCCCAGCCUGAGCUUGGGGUGCGGGGGGUUUGGUGCAAUGGGCUGUGGCUGGGGGGCAAGUGGGGUUAGUGUGCAGGGAGCGAGGGCACACAGAGCGUGCGUUAACGUCGUUUCCUGAGAAACCUAAUCUCAUGCUGCUUGCGGAGUAACUCCUGAACUAGUUCAAAAGAUGUGUAUCCUUUACAAAAGAGGACCAAGAACCCUUCCGCUUUCCCUUGCCAUGUCAGUGGUGAUAAUCGGAGGCUGGGGAACAUUGCAGAUGUACAUUCUAGUUUAAGCUGAGCUGCUGCCAGAAACCCGUGGAUCUUUCUAAUUCUACACCUGCCUGCUUACGUAUGCAUGAGGGUAAAUCUGUCAGUGACCUUCUGGGUAUUGCUUUUGACCUUCACCAGCACGGUCUUAUAGCAGUAUGUGUCUUGACGAUGGAAGUCCCGAGUCUGCCCUGUCUGCCCUGCUGCCUUUUGCCUUGCAGCAAAGCAGAGCACUGAGCUUCGAGCUGCUGCAGGCUCUGUGCUUCUGCAGGCUGACGGCGCCUGUGUGGCCACGAGCUGCUGUGGCUCCGUGCCUAGGAUCUCGGGAGCUGCUCUCCGCAUUUCUUUUGCUUCUUCUGCUGGUCCGUCCAAGUAAAUAGCUCAUGUGCGUGCGUCCAGGUGAACAAAAUUGCGAAGUAAUUAACAAUCUACAUCAGCAACUGUACCUGUUUUCCUCCGAACGAAUGCGUGUGCUUGGCAGCCACUGCCUCUGGCCUUAGCGUACCUUCUGAGCAAAGUUGUGUAAUGUGAAACACCUGCGGAGAGUUUGAAGUGCAAACGUUAUUUCUGAGCAAACUUUGCUUUACUGGUCAGACAUGACCAUGGGAAUCUUCGUGUGCAAUUUACUCACGUACCUUGUGACUGCACAGAUACGGAAAUACAGCACAUGGUUUGUUCACAACAUCUGCAUUUGAAGACAGAAUUUCUAAGUUGGCAGACUCACGUUUGAUCCCUCUUCAAAAGUGCAAUUCUUUCUGUGUGACCGUGAUACUGUGGUGUUGCUACUGAAACAUAGACGUGAACACAGAAGUGUGUAUGUGUGUAUGGCCCGUACACGCAACCUUUCUGUCGCCCAAAUCUCAUGCUUGGUUGAUUUGUCAUGAGGAAAAGUAGAGAUACCGCUGAAGGUCACCUGUUAAUCUUCAGAUAAGUCUACUAAGAUUUGCCUUAUGUUCUGUUAACAGAAAUUUAAGGAAAAAACCCACCCCUGAGUUUGUCUGGUUGUCUUGUUGAGUGUUACAUAAUUUUGUCAGAAGCUUCCCAUAACCUCCUUGUGGACCAGGAAGGUUCAUAAGAAAUAACAGGUAUGGAGACAGCUUGUAACGUCAGCAAACUUCUCUAUCUUUCUGCCGUUUUACUUAUUUUGUCGGGAAAACAGAGGGCUUUCAGUGCAUCCCAGCUGAUAAACUAUAGUGAAUAAGAAAACAGUAUUGCACUUCUGAUAGCUAAAGGUGGCAGUUUGAGAUAAGAGCUGGCCACUUGUUCUUGUGCAGAAGUGUCUCCCUUCUUCUCCAUUAACCCUUCUGUAUGUUUCUGUGUGAAAAGCAGGUGCUUGAAUGAGUUCUGCACAGUAGCUGAGAAACUGCAGAAAGUCAUUUGCGGAAGGUGAAGCUGGAUUAAAAGAGAUGAGAACUAAAGUUCAGACUUGUCAGCGGGAGGUUAUCUAAUAAUGCGAACAAUUUAUCAAAAGUUGCUGUAGAUUAUUCACAAUUAGAUAUUUUUUUAAAAAACAGGAUUAAGUGUUUUGCUAAAGAGUGUCUUUUAGUUUGGACAGGAGCUAACGGAGGUGGAAUGACCUGUGUUACUCAGUUUGCAGCAGAGCUGCCUGUGACACGUCCAAUGCUGAGGCGGCGGUUACGUGGCGGUUACGCUAGGUCAGCCCCAUGGCAGAACCUGCAUUUUCUUCCUCAUCCUCCUCCACAAGAUUGUCAGCUUUGAUACAGUACCGAUGUGGCAGUGGAUCAUGGAUUUUCCAGGACACUUUGAGCAAAUCUUUCAGCAGCUCAACUACCAGAGGCUUCAUGGCCAGCUUUGCGACUGUGUCAUUGUGGUGGGAAACAGGCACUUCAAAGCCCAUCGCUCUGUUCUGGCAGCAUGUAGCACACACUUCCGAGCUCUGUUCACUGUAGCAGAAGGAGAUCAGACUAUGAAUAUGAUUCAGCUGGACAGCGAAGUGGUGACAGCAGAAGCUUUUGCUGCUCUGAUAGACAUGAUGUAUACUUCCACACUAAUGCUUGGGGAGAGCAACGUUAUGGAUGUCUUGCUGGCUGCUUCUCACUUACAUUUGAAUUCUGUCGUUAAAGCAUGCAAACACUACCUUACUACCAGGACGCUGCCGAUGUCUCCACCGAGUGAUAGAGUUCAAGAGCAAAAUGCACGCAUGCAGAGGUCUUUCAUGCUCCAGCAGCUUGGACUGAGCAUCGUCAGCUCUGCGUUAAAUUCCACUCAGAGCGCAGAGGAACAACCAAAUGCUAUGAGCUCCUCGAUGAGAAGUAACAUUGAGCAGCGCACUGCUUUUCCUAUCCGUCGUCUCCAUAAACGUAAACAGUCUUCUGAAGACCGGGCCAGGCAGCGCAUCAGGCCUACCAUGGAUGAGUCUGUUUCCGAUGUGACUGCAGAGAGUGGGCAGUCAGUAGUUCAUUCACGGGAAGACUUCUUCUCGCCCGAUUCACUGAAGAUUGUGGACAACUCUAAGGCUGAUGCUGUUGCUGAUAACCAGGAGGAUAAUACCAUUAUGUUUGAUCAGUCUUUCAGUGCUCAGGAAGAUGCUCAGGUGCCCAGCCAGUCUGACAACAGCGGAGGAAACAUUUCACAGAUGUCCAUGGCAUCCCAGGCAACGCAGGUGGAAACCAGCUUUGACCAGGAGGCUGCUUCUGAGAAGAGCAACUUUCCAUGCGAGAAUCCAGAGGUCAGUCUGAACGAAAAAGAGCACAUGAGGGUGGUGGUGAAAUCUGAGCCCUUGAGUUCCCCAGAGCCUCAAGAUGAGGUGAGUGAUGUCACUUCCCAAGCGGAGGGCAGCGAGUCUGUUGAAGUGGAAGGAGGAGUGGUGAGUGCAGAGAAGAUAGAACUGAGUCCUGAGAGCAGCGACCGUAGCUUUUCUGACCCACAGUCAAGUACUGAUAGGGUGGGAGACAUCCAUAUCAUGGAGGUGUCCAAUAACCUGGAACACAAGUCUACUUUCAGUAUCUCAAAUUUUCUAAAUAAAAGCAGAGGUGGUGGCUUCGGUGCUAGCCAAAACAGUGAUGACAACAUUCCAAAUACCACCAGUGACUGCAGAAUGGACAGUGAUGCGUCUUACCUGAUGAGUCCAGAGGCGGGGCCUGCUGGUGGCCAUUCGUCCGCCACCGUCUCUCAUGUCGAGAACCCAUUUAGUGAGCCCGCAGACUCUCAUUUUGUUAGGCCAAUGCAGGACGUGAUGGGUCUCCCCUGUGUACAGACUUCAGGAUACCGGGCAGCAGAACAGUUCGGCAUGGAUUUUCCACGGUCGGGCCUCGGCUUGCACUCCCUGUCAAGGGCAAUGAUGGGCUCAGUAAGAGGUGGAGCUAACAGCUUUCCUGGCUACCGCCGCAUAGCCCCCAAAAUGCCUGUGGUGACCUCUGUCAGGAGCUCCCAGCUGCAGGAUAACUCAUCCAGUUCCCAGCUGAUCAUGAAUGGGACCACUUCUUUUGAAAACGGGCAUCCGUCGCAACCUGGUCCGCCACAACUGACAAGGGCGUCUGCAGAUGUUCUUUCAAAAUGCAAGAAAGCCUUAUCGGAGCACAACGUCUUGGUUGUAGAAGGUGCGCGCAAGUAUGCGUGCAAGAUCUGCUGCAAGACAUUCUUGACCUUGACAGACUGCAAGAAACACAUCCGCGUGCACACGGGAGAGAAGCCUUACGCCUGCCUGAAGUGUGGCAACGGGUUCAGCCAGUCCAGAACACUCCAAGACAACCUGCCUGAGGUGGCAGAGCAGCAACCUGCCUAGCACGUUGCUCUAACCUCCUCCACCCCAGGCCUGAAGGAGGAUGCCGGUGCGGACGUCUAGCUCCCUGAAGCACCGCUGGAACACAAACACUACUUUCUUCAAGGCUGCAGGCUCAGAGGCUGCUCUUGUUGGCCAGAGAACACUUGGGUGUGAUUGUGCCACACACACAAAAGUCUUGGUUCUGUUAAUUGGGGAUAUUACUGUACCUACCUCACAGGGGUGUUGUGAGGCUUAAACAGCUGUGAGCAAAGAGCUUGGAGAUGCUCGGAAGUCACGCUGUGGAUGUGGGAAGCAUUACUGGGAUGCAUGCUCAGGCUUUGGGCUGGCGGGGAUACAAUCCCUCAAGCCAAGCAGUUCCUUUGCAGGGCAGAGGCGUGAGAGUGUAGUUGUCUCAUGAAGUAGCAUGUUUCGAGAAUGAGAAACUGAAGUGCAAAUUUCCUUUUUUUUUUUUUUUUUAAAGUAUUUUGUAAAAGUGAAAGCAUUUAAAUGAGUGACCUGUAAAACAAGUUGCUGCAUUAUGUGUGGACAGUGAUGCGAGAGCUGUUUACUGUAACGAACGCAGACUGCGUGUCUUUGAAAGAGAGGGACAGCUCUGGAUGCACCUGCCUGACGUAAUGCUUUAUAGUACGCUAAUGGUAAAAAUAGUUCUAGGGUUAUGAAUGUAUGUUUGGCUGUUUUGUAGUAAAGGACACUGUGUAAUGAAGGUGCUUAAAUUAAACCCAAGACAAGUAACUUUUGGACUGCCAGAUGUAUAUAUACUUUGAAUACAGCAAGAUCUGGGUGUCUGACUGAUUUCUUUUUCUGUAGAAACUUGUAUUAAGUGAUAAGUGAAGUACUGUUUCUUGUUCAUGCUAUUCUUAGCAGUAUUUUAACCCAUUUGUAUCUCCUAUGUUAAAAUUCUAUAUACACACAAGUCUGAAAAGAGCUUGUCUUUGUCUGCUUUGUUAUUUUGAAGGAGGGAGAUAAUUUGUGACGGCUUUUUUUACCGUGUAAGAUAGUCUCUUGCUGUUUCUGGAUGCUGAUAGUCUGUCUGAUCCUGUUGUUGCAUAAGGAUAUUGUCCCUUUCUGACACUCUUAUCUUCAGGCUUUAAUUUCCUCCUCUCUGCACUUACUUUCCUUCACAACUCUGGGUCAUUCCUCAGAUCAAACCAGUGAGGAAUGAUCCUCGUUUGCCGUAUUUAUUUAUGUCCCUCUGUGAAAUGUAGUUGUCAAAUCCGGUCUUUCCACUUAGUGUCAUAAAUGUGCUUUUCCACAUAAAUUAAAAAAAUCUAGCAUAAAUUUAAUCUUAAAAAGUAGCACUGUACGCUUUGCAUAGCAGAAAAUCAGUGAUCAUUAUUCUUCCAGUGAGUCGUGUCAAUCUUGUUUUAAUUUCCUCUUCUUUGGUGCCAUUGUAGCCAACAUUGUCUGCAGUCUCUUUUUUUUUCCUUGUUAAAGAUGCACAUGAACUAAUGACUGGCGUUCAGUAUAUUAGGUUCUAGAUAAAAUUUUGGAGCACUUCUGCUGAUAAAUGUUGCUCUGCCAUAUAGAACGUGGGUCAGGGCUACUGCAUGUCAGUUCUGCUCAGGAGAGACAGGGUUUGCAUCUCCUGGUGUCCAAGUCCCAGAUUUGCAAACCUUCCCCUCCUGAUGUUGGUACCCACAGCAAACGUAUCCUGUGUGGCGAUACGCAGUUGUUUUCGUGCUAUCUAACAGUUAGCCGCCUUCUUCAGCAUCUUGGAAUUCUGUUUGGAUAAACUGAAAACAAAACCCUAAUCCGCAGCCCCAUAGGCCGCUCAGCAGGGAUCAGCUGCAGAAGCACAGAAACCAGUUGUCGCCAGCCCAAAGGGAAGGUGGAUAUCUUCCCGUGCUUGGCUUUAUGUGAAACAGCAGCGCGCUAAUGAGGAAAUGUGUCUUGAUCCCGAAUUACACUGCUUCACGUUGGAAAAACUGCCAAAUGCCUGUCAGCGUGUCAUGUGCACCUUGAGCAUCCAAGGUAAACAGGAGCAUGGAAACACAGGGAAUGAUUGGAUUGAUCCCUCUAAAAUGCUGAAAUCUUGUUACAGGAUUUAUCUAAUGGUUGUAUUUCUGGCUCUCAGUUUUAUAAGCAUUAAGAAAAUGUGCUGCAUUUUUUUUAAAGCAUUAGGAUAUGCCACAUUUUGUUGGAUAAUAGUUUUGGUAUCGGGGACUAACAGCAUUGAGCUAUACUAAACAAUCUCACUGAAACAUCAAUAAAAUGCAGUAUUUUGUACUUCAGUGUUUUCUUGUGUUGCCUUAUUGGUAAUGCUAUGGUUGUUUCAUCUUCCCUGCAUUCCUACUGUUUUGUUUUAAAAGUAGGGUGGGGUUUUUCACAUUUUCUAUUGUUCCCUAUAGCACAUCUGAAUUCCUUGAAUUCUUACAACACAGAGGAAUAAAGCAUCUGUGAGUAAGCAGAUUAGAGUGAGCAAGGACUAAUGUGAGCAGACAAACAUAUUUAACUGUGCUUUUGAUCUGUUUUUAUAAAAAAAAAAUAAUGUAAUUGUGAAAUAUCAGACCUUGUGCAGGAGGACUUCUGUCUGUCUUUAAGGAAAAAAUUCAGCCUGGACCAUUUUUGGAAGUAGCAACUUUAAAUUCCACUUUUCAUCUGGAGGAACACACUGCAAACCGGGAGCCUGUGGCCGGCUUGCUGCUUUCGCAGUCUUCCAGAAUGAAGCAAUAUCUCAGAACAGUUUUUCCAUGUAGCUGUCCCCUGCGGUACAUUGAGAUUUCCUCACCUCAGACCCUGUACCGUCAUCAAGGAGCGUAUCGCCCUGACUCCUGCUCAGAAUUCAACUUCACAAAUGAAGAUGUCGGUAUGUUCGUAUUAUGAAAUAUCUGACAAUAAACCCACAUUUUUGUGCUGCUG